CCCCCUCAUCCUAGCGGCGAACGGUCGCUCAACGUCACCGACGCGCUCAGCUACCUCGAUAAUGUCAAGCAGCAAUUCAGCGAUCAACCGGACGUGUACAACAAGUUUCUGGAUAUCAUGAAGGAGUUUAAGAGCUCAUUGAUCGACACGCCUGGCGUCAUCAAGCGCGUCUCGCAGCUAUUCCACGGCCACCCGAGGCUCAUCCAAGGCUUCAAUACGUUCCUCCCGAUCGGCUAUCGCAUUGAAUGCACUGGCGUCUCUGGCAUCACCGUCACCACACCCACCGGACACGUCAUGCAGGCCUCCGACAUGCGAUGGACUGAGCACAAGCCAGCCCCCUCACACCACCUUCCAACGGCUGCGCCAGAGGCCAUGGAGUACCUUCAGUCGAUCAAGCACUCCAACCCCGAGAAGCACCGCCAGCUCAUGGGCGUCCUUCGCGCGGCCGGACAGGACACUGGUGAUCGGGCGCAAUAUCUGGAAGAUAUCCAAGCUAUAUUCAAGGACGAGCCGCAGACGGCGGCUGCGUGGCAGAAGAUGAUGCAGCAGCCUUGGUCGCCGGAGAAUUUUGCUGCACUCAGGACGAUGACGCCUUUAGGCGCUAGCAAGCGUAAGGCGGAUAAGGAGCACGGCCCUGCACCUGUCGCGCAAGCCAAAAAGAAGCGUAGGGUUGAGAGGGAUCGUGAGACGGCGAAGGAUAAGGAACGGGAGAAGGAGCCGCCUGCAGCGAAGCCCAAGCGCUCGAGGCAUCAACAGCAGCAACAGGCAGCUACCAGCAAUGCGCGCGAUCGAUCGCCCCCGCCUGCGCCAAGUCGUCGAGCCGCACCGGCGCAACAACCUGUCCCUCCACCGCCAGAAGAGCCCACCAAUGAGCAGCUUGUGUUCUUCAACCGUGUGCAGCGUGCGCUGGGAUCGAAGGAGCUGUAUAACGAGUUCUUGAAGCACAUCAAUAACUUCACCCAAGAUCACAUCGACAGCGUGCAACUCGUGAAGGAAUGCCGAAGUCUCCUCCGCGGUGACGAGGACCUAGUUCGACAGCUGAAGGAGAUCGUGGGCUGGGACCAGCGCAAGGAGGACGAGUCGCACCUGCUCGUGCCGAAGAACCAGUCGUGGCCCCACCCGCAGGUCGUCACUAUGCGGCCCGGGCGCAUCGACAUGAGCGUCAUGUACGGCAGCUACCGCAAGCUCCCCGCCAGCGAGGCACAGGUGCAGUGCUCCGGACGCGACGAGAUGUGCCGCUCCGUACUGAACGACGAGUGGGUCUCGCACGCGACCUGGACGAACGAGGACGAGAUCACCUCCGCGCCCCUCAAGAAGAACCCGUACGAAGAGGCGCUGCACCGCUCCGAGGAAGAGCGCCACGAGUACGACUUCCACAUCGACGCGAUCGUGCGCACCAUAGCCAUGCUCGAGCCCAUCAACAACAAGAUCAUGCAGCUCGGGCCCGACGACCGCGCGACGUUCAAGCUCAAGCCCAACUUUGGCGGCUCGGGCAAGAGCGUGCACCACCGCGUGAUCAAGAAGAUCUACGGGCGCGCGGCGGGCGUCGAGGUCGUGCAGAUGAUGCAGGAGCAGCCCGCGCUCGCGAUCCCCGUCGUGCUUGGCCGGCUGAAGCAGAAGGAGGAGGAGUGGAAGCGUGCACAGCGCGAGUGGAAUAAGGUGUGGCGCGAGGUCGACGCAAGGAACUAUGCGAAGAGUCUGGACUACCAGGCGCUGGCGAUCCGCGCGGCGGACAAGCGCGCGACGGCGCAGAAGACGCUGGUGCAGCAGAUCGCCGCGGCGCGCGAUGAGCAGAAUUCGGCGAGGGCGAGUUUGGUGGACCCUCUGUUUGCGCGGACGCGGCCAAGGCACCAGAUGGAGUUCGUCAUCGACGACCCGCAGGUGCUGCAGGACGCGCUGAAGCUCACGCUCUCGUUCGUCGAUCGUACCCAGGCUCAGGUGCCCUUUAACGAACGGCGUCGUAUCGAGGCUUUCCUACGCGCCUUCGUCCCGCUGUUCUUCAUGCUCGAUCCCGUGGCGUUCAACAAUGCCUUUGUCGUCGUGCAGGAGACCUUCGAGAGCGAGCCGAGCGAGGAUGGAGCGGAAGACGAUGGCGAGAGCGUCGCGAGCGGUGGCUCGCGCGCGAGUCGUGGUCGCAAGGCGGCGGCGGGAGAUCUGCGGAAGAAGUUGCUGAAGAGCGAGCAGGCGAAGUCGACGGGGACGACGCGGGUGACGCGGUCGAGAGGGGAUGCGAGCCCGGUCCCAGGUUCGAGGUUGGCGUCGCCGGCUCCUGCGGACGAUGAGGCAUUGGCGGAGGCAGCUGCGGCACAGAGGCGCAAGGGGCGGAAGAACAUGUUCUUCACGAAUACCACGUUCUACUGCGUGCUUCGGUUGCUUGAGAUUAUCUACUCUCGAUUGGCUCUCUUCAAGUCGCUGAGCAUGGAGGGCGAUCCGACGCAGCCUCCUCCCCACACCUUUGGUUACUCAUCGGAGACGAUGAGCAUCGCUGAGCGUACAACCGUUGACCACUACUACGAUCUUCUGCUAGACUCCUGCGAGCGUCUGUUCGACAAUGAGAUCGAGCAGCCCGCGUUUGAGGAGCAGAUGCGCUUCAUGUUCGGUGUCAAGAACGCUUAUAAGAUCUUCACCAUCGACAAAGUCAUCGGUGCUCUCGUCAAGCAGGUUCAGAAUGUUCUCGCGGACCAGAAGAGCCAGGAGCUGCUGGAGAACCUCAAGCGCGAGCGUUCCAUCACUUCGCCGACUGUGCAGGACCAGAUCAACACUCGGCACAACGCUGAGAAGAUUCUUGGCCCGGACGAGAACCUGUUCCGCAUUGACUGGUUGCACGACUCCCGAACGAUGACGAUGCAGCUUAUUGGCAAGGAUGAGCCAAGCGUUGACGACUCCGAGGCGGUCGCCGAGCGCUGGCGUGCGUAUUUGGAUGCGUAUGUCGCCGAUGGGGAUACGCCAGGUGUCCCCCAGGCGCAUCUGCGUCGUCCCUUCCUGAGACGGAACGUCCCCGAAGAUGUUCGUCAGGAGGGCCCGAAGGUUCUGACAGACGACGGACUUGAGAUCCGCAUAUGCGUCAGGACAUACAGGUUCUUCUACGUUCCGCUCAGGGAGGAUGUGCUCGUGCAUAUUCCUCAGCCGAGGGACAAGGACUUACGAACGAGGCUUGGGAAGAGGGAAGAGCUGAGGAAGAAGUGGUUAGAGAAGUCGCUCGCGGAUGCGCCUGAAGUGACAGCUUGAGCUCAGACGUCGUCGUUCUUGUGUGUGGAUUCUAUCAGGUGUUGUAUUAUUAUCGUAUCUUUCGUUGCUCGCU